AUGGUGCUGCUUACGACCAUUGCAGACUGGGCGAAGCAACGCGUUCUCUUCAGGUUUCUGACUUUAAGCAAAGCUGUAAAAUUGUCGAUGACAUUUUCGAUCACGUCUGAAAGUAUACCUCGGUCUUCUAAAGCUUUAGUUUAUUCAGAAUAUGGCGACCCAAGUAAGGUUAUCAGUAUACAAGAUAAUCCUCUACCAGAAUUCAACAGAGAAAGUGUUUUUCUAAAAUUGUUGGCUUCACCUGUCAAUCCAGCUGAUUUGAAUGUGCUUCAAGGAUUGUAUCCCAUUAAACCUUCCCUCCCUGCAGUUGGUGGUAACGAGGGUGUCGGCGAAGUGUUGGCAGUUGGUGAUGAUGUGAAGUCUGUCCGUGUUGGAGACUGGGUAUUAAUGGGAAAUGCAGGACUUGAUAGUUGGAUGGAGAUGAAGGUAUUGAAAGAGGAUGAUUGCGUCAAAAUUCCAGUAAAGAAUGGUCUUUCUAUGAAAGAUGCAGUCAUGUUGUCCAUAAAUCCCUGUACAGCUUACAAAAUGUUGAAAGACUUUCAACCAUUGCAAGAAGGUGUAUGUCUGAAAUCUCUUUCACAAUAUCUCCAACUGCAUGGCUUUUAA